AUGGACGACUCUUCGCUUCCUGACAGCCAAGUCCAGACUCCGGACCUCGAUGACACAGAGACUUUUGAAUCUGCCUUCCAAGGUAUGGAAGCUCAGUUCUCUGAGUUGAUAGACAAUAGCGGAGCUUUGUUCUUGGAUUCUGAUCUCCCUCUAUCGGUCGAAACUGAACCGACUGGCAGCCUCCUUGUGGACAACCUAGCCCCAGGAUCGUCAGUGACAGCAGGGAAUGAAGACCCGUUUUUGGCAUCUGACUUUCCUGAAUAUCUAAAUCCAUCAGAUUCCCUUUUCAACUUUGAUGCUAGGGCAACUGUAGUGGCUGAAGGGUCUCAAGAUCUCCUCUUCAAUGCCGACGCCCCCGUGGACUGGGGUAGUGCGACUGAGUUUGGAGGACUUGAUCUAGGAAUUUUUGGACAGGGGAUUAGUGACCCCUUGGAACCUGUACCAUCCAAUAACGCACCACCCGCAUCGACGACCAGCCAGGCAGCACCAGCACCUGGACCUGUUUCGAGGUUGAACCCUGAGACAUGGCUUAAUGGCCUGACAGUGCCGAGCAAUGCCGAUCCCCAUACACGGGCACAAAUGAUCGAGAUUAUACGAGCGUCGGCAGUUCUACUCGACCCCGUAUCAUCUCUUCAGCGAAGAAACAGUCAAAACUCCAAGCCCAAGGCAAACCCGCAGAAGAAGGCUAAAAAAGUAGAUAAGAAAAGCCCGCCAGCGGAAAUAUCCAUGGCUGUGAACGGCAAUAGUACCCCUCGUCAAUCCUCGCAAGAAAAUCCGUACACUACGACCAUCAGCAUUGCUCCUCGUCAGUCAUCGCAGGAGAACCCAUACACUACAGCCUUCCCUACCGCUGCUGCAAUCCCCGCACCAGAAACAAUCUUCCGGCGAUUUCCUCCGCGUUUGGAAACGGGCAUAACCAGUAGUUCUAUCCUUGGGACUUCGCCUGAGAAUCUUGGUACUUCUGGUCAGGUACCAGACCAGAAUCCCGUUAUCACUCCAGUGGCCGUCCCGUCAGCACAAACACCGAAUACUGCUUCAUUUGAGAACCCUCAGGAACCUUCAGCCCAAGAGAUAGUGGACGCCAUGCAAUCCGUUCACCGGCUCUACGUGACCAAGCCUAAGCUUGUUGACGAAGGUCGUGAGUACAUCAUUAAAGGCGGCGAGGCGGCACUUGUCGAAUACACGGGAUUUUCAAAAAUGAACUUGGUUGCAAUCCACGACAACAACCGAGCCAAAAAGACGAUUUGUGUGGACGACGUCGUGAUCGUUAUUUCUGAAAGCAAGGUAGCAUACGCUCGCAUCCACUGCACUUUGAAUGCCGAUGACGCCGUGGAAGCUGCCAAGCUACUCACUGGCGUGCUUCGAGUCUGGUUGGAAGGUCACCUGCAUUCCGCAAACUUCUACCUCCUUUCUCCCAGACUCAAUAACGUCAAGCCAUUCUACGCAUUUCACAAAGAUGAGUGGAACCGUCGCAGCGAGGCCGUUGCUGAAUGUAUCCGUGGCUUUGCGCGGGAGUUCAAUGCACCCUUCUUCUUCCAGCCGUUCUCCAAUACAUACGACGCCGAUGCGCUCAAGCUAUGCUACAUUCAGGUUGGCCCUUUUGGAGAGGAGGGAGACGAGAAUCGUCCCCAUGUGAUGAUUGACGAUCGCUAUGGCAAGCGCAUCGUACGCGAUUCGCUCUGA